GGUGGCUAAUUAGUGACACCUCACCUUGUCACGUGCAGGGACACAGUAGAUGCACAGGUGGCCACAGCUUAUACGGGCAGGUAUCUCGUACUCAGCCACUGUCCUGGGUUGAUAUCUGUUCAAAUCCACCCAGGCCCAGUUGCUUCUUCUUGAUUCUACCACACCCGAAGACGGAAACUGCAACGGUCGUGUGGAGCAUGCUUAGAGUCAUCCUGUCUGUAGUGCUGUAGGAGGAAGGCAGCCACCUGAGCCCUUAAGGAUUGGAAUUGUUUAUCUGUCCAGUUGGCACGUCGCCUCGAUUCCCUCCACAUAUAAAACACCACUUUCUGGCCUUUCCCGCCUCGACCAGCUCUUUAGAUUGGGAACAACAAGGGCAGGACGAACGUCCAAGUACUGAAAACAAGCCAAUCAUUCAUCGCUGAACGAGCGGCGGCAACAAUGAUCCCCUGUAUACUUGCGGCACUAUGUGUCUCGCUUGCAGCGAAGGCAUCAGCCGCAGCACAAGAACCAGCAACGGGCGAUGUUGAGCUGAUAUGUCACCCGGAGAACGCCAUCGACUGCUAUCCCAAGAUCUUUCGGGCAACUCACGAAUUCCAGCCGGUCCGGCCUGGCCAAGACAUCCCAACUAGCCUCCAUGUCCGCCUGAACGUCAACACUGGAGAGAAGGAGGCCAAGAUCAAUGUUCCUUCCGAGCAGGAUCCCGCAUUGGCCGGACUGCCUGUCGAGAACGCCGUCAUAGCUGUCGACUCGGAGCCACAGGAGCAGGCCGGCGAGCACAUUCGCCCGGGCGCACCGGCCUACGAGGCUGUUGGGAAGAUUAAGGAGUCGACCGGGCCCGAAGCCCUGCAGUUCAGCAACGCCCUUGGCGUGCUGGGAAAACGCAAGGGCGUCGACGCGGCCGACUUGGAUGGUGCCCUCGACAAGCUUGAGGAGCUUUCGCACGACCUCUCCUACGGUCUGAAGAUAGCUCAGGACCUCCCGGCCCUGAGUUCACUCUUUUGCUUGAUGAGCGAUGGCCACCCUGCUUCCUCCAAAGUCGUAGCAGCCUCGGAGGCUCCGCGCGCUCUCCUUGCCGCGAGGGCGAUCUCUGCCGCGGUCCAGAACAACCCGGCGGCGUUGAAAGCGGUCGAGGCGCACUGGCCAGCGCUCUUGGAAACGUCAUGUGCGAGGGACGGGAAGGACAGCGCUCCUCUCGGACGGCUGACCUUUUCUGUCAUGCAGCAUGACCGAGAAUCCAAGACUGCGGGCCGAGAAUCGCCCCUGGCCAGGGCCAAACUGUCUGCCAUCAAGGGCCUCGUCAAGAGUGCCCGCAUACGGCAAGACUUUCUCGACAAGGGCGGUAUGCGCGAGGUCUUGCGUGUCCUUCUCGUCAAGGACAGCCGGUUUGCAGAGGCGCAGGUCAAGGCUGCAAAUCUGGUGACAGACACGUUUCUCGACGAGAACAUGGGCGCCACUCUCGGGAUAUGGCCGGCCAAAGCUCUGGCGCACGUGGCCGCCUGCGAUCGCGAAUCGCCGGAUUUGUCGGAUGGUUGUUGGCGCCUCUGGAUCGAGAGGAUAGCAGAGGAGAACAAGUCCGACUCGGCUCACUGGAGCGUGGGACUUUUACAAAUGUUCAAGUCACAGCUCCCUCCGAGUAGCGGGACGCGGGGACGCGGGACGGAAAAUGACGAGCUAUAGUCGAAUUACCACAGCUGGGAGGUCAGGGGGUGGUCAUGAAAAAGCAUAGUCUUAUAUACAUAAAAAGAUCAAAAAUACCCAAGAGUAAAAGCUCGUUUUCCCGCCUUGACCGAGGGUGGUGGGUGAUAUCAAAAAGGUUGUAAGGAUACUAACAUGUAAUGAUGUUGAAAAGCACCUACAUGACAAAACAACAAAAAGAUCGCUGUCCAAUCUUAAAGGUGAACAAUUACAAACCCGAGGAUGAAUGGUUCACUCCUAAUA